GGUCCUUGCAGGCUCUUUGCAUUCUAUUUGCAUAGGGAAAACAGUGCUUGUAGAAAUGCUGUUUGGUUUUGUUGUUUUUUUAUUUGGCAGGCAGAGUUGCGAGCAGCUGUUUUUUUGGCAUUAGAAGAACAAGAGAAAGUAGAGAACAAAGCACCUCUGGUAAAUGAAAGCUUGAAAAAAUUUUUAGGUACAAAAGAUGGUCGCUUGGUAGCAGGUCUUGUUGCAGAAUUUCUACGUUUUUUCAAUCUUGAUUUUACAUUGGCUGUUUUUCAGCCCGAAUCAAGCACGCUAAAUGGCCUUGAUGGUCGAGAAAAUUUAGCUCGAGAUUUGGGAAUUACAGAAGCAGAAGGUACUGUGGGUGGUCCCCUGUUGUUAGAGGUGGUUAGAAAAUGUCAGCAGAAAAAGAUUUCAGGCAGUGGAGAAGUGGCUCCAGUUCUAAGUGACAGCUUGUGCCUCACAUCAAAGUCAUCUGAUGGAAGAUCAAGUACGCACCCUAUAUCAAAUAAGGCUGCUGAAACCACUCAAAGUGAUACAAGUGUCUCGUCAGGGGAAGCAAGCAAAAGAAGCAUUCAUUUUCUGCCUAAUGAAACAAAACUAGAUCCUCAACUAGAAAACAAAGACUUAAAUACCAAAGAAAAAAGUGAUCCAGGUGUGGAUGAAGAUGAUGUAGAGGGAGAUUCUUUUUUUGAUGAUCCUAUACCUAAACCAGAAAGAACUUAUGGCUGGCCCCCUGAUAAAAAUAACGAUGCUGAUGGAGGUGCAGGAGCUCUGUCUGUGAAAGAAGGCAGGCAGAAGUCUUUGCAUAGGAAAACUGACGCUAAUAAAGCAGGAGGUCUAGUAUCCCUUUCUGAUGCACCACCUCUAAAAAGUGGGUUAAGCUCCCUGACUGGUGCUCCUUCACCAAAGGAGUCUGAUAAUUUGAAUAGAAACUCUGUUUUGAAAGACCUGAGGUUGGUGAAUGCAAAACUGGGAUCACUAGAAUUAGGAAAUGGAGAUGAGGAUGAGUAUGCUGAUGACUUCAACAGUACUAGUCACCGCUCAGAAAAAAGUGAUAUCAGUAUUGGUGAAGAAAUAGAUGAAAUUUCUGUGGAAACAGAGUCAAAUGCCAGUGAUAAACUUGAAGGCAUCACGCAAGACCUUACCAUUUCUCAGUUAAGUGAUGUUGCAGAUUAUCUAGAAGAUGUGGCAUAGAAUUGGACAGCAAAAAUGUUUAUUGUGCUGGACUAGAAGACUGCUGUGGACUGUUAAUUUCAGACAAUCACUUUUUGCUGGAAUGUCCACUCCCUAUUUGUGCCUUGUGUUUCAGAAAGACUGUAGGUGGAGAAGGCUCUCAAAUAUUCUUAACAAGAACUAAAUGAAAUAGUGCGUUCCCAUUUGAGUCUGAGAUCAGAAUUAUUUUCUUCAUUAGGUUCAGCCAAACCUUUUACAGCAGGAGGUGGAUUUUCAAGCAGAAUGUCCAUUGCUGGCAGUGGGCAUAAUAAAAACCAAUUGAUAAGAGAACAUCUGCAGAGAGGCAUGUGGCUUUAUAAUGAACUUGCACUGUUAUUGUAACAGUCUGAAUUUUUUUAAAGAUAACCAAAGCAAGAACCGUCAGAGGUAGUGGUUCAACUCACGCUUCUAUUAACACAGUUUUGUCAAGUCAACACGUAGUACAUAUUUAUGGUAACUCUAGCCACAGUACCUAAUUGCUCCAGACUUACUUGAAACUGCUGUUUUUCAGACUCUUCUGAAAGUUGGACUUAUUUUUUUAUAGGCAUAUCAAAUUGGGAGUAUCUAAAACUCUCAAAUCUAAGUUUAGCUAAAUUUAGGAGCUAAAUUUAGACCUAGUCUUAAUUGAAUAUUCUUGUUUAAAUAUGUUUGUCCAACCAUUGAUGUUAAGACCUAAACUGGUUUUGUAUAUGAUAAUUUCAUCAAUGUUACCUGUUCUUAAAUCAUAAAAAGUAGUUUUGUAAGGAUCCACAAAUCAUUAACUAUUGUUUUUUGUUAAGUUUUUAACAGUGUGGUAAUGGUUUGUGGAGCUUUUAUUAUAGAGGGCUCUUCAUGUGCUGUAAGCUCACUUUCAUUCUUGAAAAUCCUUGUUUCAGAAAAAUGAGCGCCAAAAAGUGAAACCACUAACCUUCUGUUUUUCAGAUUGACUGCUGUACAGAAUUAAAUGCAAAUAUUUAAAAAUACCAAGCCGAAGACAUUACCGACACUAAGUUCUAGCUAAGAACAAAUUCUUGUAUUUUCAUUAUACUCUUGCAAAACAGGGUCAGUAAUAGAAACAUUGACAUUCUUUAAUGAUACUGUUGUACAUGGCGCUGCUAUAAUUUAUAGGUCAUGGACAUCUGUAAUAAACAGGACUUCAAAAUGUGCACUUUCUGAACAUUGUAAACACAUUUGGAAAAUAUACAUGUAAGUGAAUAUAAAUAACUUAAUUUUUUUUUUAAGGCUUUGUAAUUUUUUUCAGGAACACUGUUGGCCUCUCAUCAGUGGUCACCACAGUGGAAGUAGCAUGCUAAACUAAAGCCAUUGGUUAAGCAUAGAGAGCUGCUACUAGCAUUGGAUGCUGACUUAAAUCUUUUUUUGCACUGGGCCAGCAGGAAUGGAGCAGUGCUGGGAAGUUAGGCUUGUACAGUACAUAAAUGAUUUAAGAGGAGAGAGGGGAAAGUGUGCCUUUUAUUUAUGUGCACCCC